AUUUCACGGUUCUUCUUAUUGUUCAUCGUUAUGAUUUUGCGUUGUUGUAUCUCAUUUCACUUCUUUUGUUUGUUUUCAGGUUGUUUACUUUCUCUUCGCUUAGGUUAUAAAAGGUUGAUUUACUGCUCUCUUCGCAUAGGUUAUAAAAGAUGAAUAAUUUCAACAACUUGGUUGAUAGUAUCGAUGAGGAGUGUCGAGAAAAAUUAAUCAUGGGAACUACUUUUGUACUCGAAUAUGUUUCCGAUGAUAGGAGAAACCUUGUAUUACAGAGGAUUGAUGGAAGAUAUAGAUUGAGGAAUACUUUGAAGAAUAAUCAUUUGCCAACGAGGUUACAACCACCAAGGGAUCGAAAUCCCAUCAAUAGAUAUACGCCGCCAUCUUUCAUCAGAAGAGUUACAAGAAGGAAAAAACAAAAGAAAAAAGGCGCUGUGACUGCCAUGACGGCUGCGAAUCAAGCGGAUAACAGUAGCACUGCUGCGGAUCAGAAUGACACAAUUCCGGGACCUUGGACUCGUUCAAUGGCUAACCGGGAAGAAGACAAUGCACAGCAUAAUGAGUGUACUGCGACUGCCUACCCCGUGACUGAGGAUGAAGAACCUACAGUAGCUUUUGUGGCUAACCGUGGUACAAUGGAAGAACAAGGCGAUGCACAAACUGCAGGAGUAUCUACAGCAGCUUUUGUGACUGAGGAUGAAGAGGGUGCAUUGCAUAAUGAGUGUACUGCGACUGCCUACCCCGUGACUGAGGAUGAAGAACCUACGGUAGCUUUUGUGGCUAACCGUGGUACAAUGGAAGAACAAGGCGAUGCACAAACUGCAGGAGAAUCUACAACAGCUUUUGUGACUGAGAAUGAAGAGGAUGCAUUGCAUAAUGAGUGUACUGCGACUGCCUACCCCGUGACUGAGGAUGAAGAACCUACGGUAGCUUUUGUGGCUAACCGUGGUACAAUGGAAGAACAAGGUGAUGCACAAACUGCAGGAGGAUCUACAGCAGCUUUUGUGACAGAGGAUGCAUUGCAUAAUGAGGAAAUUAGAAGGGUGAUUAAUGAUCAGAACCUGCCUACCACGGCUCCAAUUCACAGAGGUAGGCAGGUAGGCAGGUAGGCAGGUUCUGAUCAUUAAUCACCCUUCUAAUUUCCCUGUGAAAAAUCAUAAUUUUCUUACUAAAGAUAAGGACUUAUUAAAAUCUAAAAUUCCUAUUUGCUAGCAACAAACUUAAACAAAAAAUAAAACAUUGAGAUUUUACAGCAGCAAAAAAAGGAAAAAUAAAAGAUUCUACCAACAAACUUAAACAAAAAUAGGGGUUAGCUGCGAAAGAAAGAGCCCAACAUUCAUUCAU